ACAAUGAUGGCUUCUUGGACAGGUCUUACUAAAAUCUAUGUUUGAGCUGCUUUAAUUUAAACAAACGUUGUACUGACAUAUCUUAACAUAUAUCAGUGACAUUAUAUUGUCUCAAGAUGCACACCAGUAUUGUUUUUUGUAAGGUUUGUUUGUAAAAACUACUUAAAUGUCCUAAUAUAACUAACACCUAGUGUCCUGGAUUAAUCUAAACACUGUCCGGGAAACCGCCCCUAAAGGUAAAAAUACUAAAAUACUAGUGAGUCACAGGUUUUGCAAACAUCUCUUAAACACAAAACCAGGAAAUUGCUUCAUCUGUUAAACCUUUCAAGCGACUGUCUCACUCUGUCUGUUUGUAUAUUAGUGAAAUAUGGCAGAAGCUAAUAUUUUUCAGGACAAGUUCAGCUGUUCGGUGUGUUUGGAUCUCCUGAAGGAUCCAGUGACCAUUCCCUGUGGACACAGUUACUGUAAGAGCUGUAUUACAAACUGCUGGGAUCAGAAGGAGAUGAGAAUCUACAGCUGCCCUCAAUGCAGACAAACCUUCACACCAAGACCUGUUUUAUUUAAAAAUGUGAUGAUUGCUGAAAUGUUGGAAGAACUGCAGAAGACAAAACUUCAGACUGCUGUUCCUGCUGACUCUUAUGCUGAAGCUGGAGAUGUGGAGUGUGACGCCUGUACUGAGAGAAAAUACAAAGCUGUCAAGUCCUGUCUGGAGUGUCUGAAGUCUUACUGUCAAAAUCAUCUUAAACAACAUGAGAAUCUCUUCAAUGACAGGAGGCAUCAUUUGAUGAAUCCCACCAGACAACUUCAUGAGAUGAUCUGCAAAAAACAUAAUAAACAACUAGAAAUCUACUGUCGCACCGACCAACACUGCAUUUGUUAUCUGUGUACGAUGGGAGAACAUAAAAACCAUGAUACUGUGACAGCUGAAGCAGAAAGAACUGAGAAACAGAGAAUUUUCAGAGAGAGAUGGAUAAAAUUACAUCAGAUAAUUGAUGAGAGAGAGAAGGAGCUUCAGGAGCUGAGAGAGGCUGUGGACUCUCAUGCGCGCUCUGCACAGACAGCAGUGGAGGACAGUGAGAGGAUCUUUACUGAACUGAUCCGAUCCAUUGAGAGAAGACGAUCUGAGGUGACACAACUGAUCAGAGAUCAGGAAAAGACUGCAGUGAGUCAAGCUGAAGGAGUCAUGAAGCGUCUGGAGGAGGAGAUUGAUGAUCUGAGGAGGAGAGACGCUGAACUGAAGCAGUUUUCACAUACAGACAAUCACAUCCAUUUCCUACAGGGUUUUCAGUCUCUGUCUGCAGCUCUUGAGUCUUCAGUCUCACACAGAUUUACUCUCAACUCUCUCCUCUCUUUUGAUGAUGUGAGAAAAUCUCUCUCUCAACUGAAAGACAAACUGGAGGAUAUCUGUAGAGAGGAGAUAGAGAAGAUAUCUAAUAAAGUUACAUAUAUCCCAGUUGUUUCUGCUGAAUUGAAGACCAAUGUGAAUUUCUUACAAUAUUUCAAGCAGUUCACACUGGAUUCAAACACAGUGAACAAAUACAUUCAGCUGUCUGAUGGGAACAGAACGGCUACUGACACUAACACAGUCCAUCAGUAUCCUGAUCAUCCAGACAGAUUUUAUCACUGGCUGCAGAUGUUGUGUAGAGAGAGUUUGUGUGGACGCUGUUACUGGGAGGUUGAAUGGAGUGGUGAUGUGGGUAUAUCAGUGUCAUAUAAGAGCAUCAGCAGGAAGGGAUCGGGUUAUGAGUGCUUGUUUGGUUGUAAUGAUCAGUCCUGGAGAUUGUACUGCACUAACUCUAGGUGCACAUUCAGUCACAAUAACAAACACACUGAACUCCCUGUAGUGUCUAGGUCCUGUAGAAUAGGAGUGUAUGUGGAUCACAGUAAAGGAUCUCUGUCCUUCUACAGCGUCUCUGAUACAAUGAACCUCAUACACAGAGUCAACACCACAUUUACUCAACCACUUUAUCCUGGGUUUAACCUCUUUUCAGGUUCAGUGAAGUUAUGUAAUCCAGCAGUGUAGAUGAGAUAAAGAAGUGAGUGGCUGUUUCUCAGUGUCAAGGAAGGAUCAUCAGAAGCCAGAAUUUCGAGGAUGCUAUGUCAUCGACAUCUGUCGAGGAUCCUCGGACUGAGUCCUUGGUUUCGAAAAAUAUCCCAUAUACCGGAAAGGAUGCAUAUGUGUAUCCUUCGCACUCUUCGCGCUCUAAAUUCACCCACAAUCCAAGCGCCGAAAGCACAUCUUUUUACUGACGUAAUGACGCAAUGAAGUGCACUUGCUAGCCUGUUCCAUUUACGUGUUCUCCAAAUUCUAAAGAGUAGCCUCGCCUAGCCUCUGAAGGAAGUGACUUGGAAAGACCAGUCCUGCCAAGGAAGUAUUCUUGACAUUGAGAAACAGCCAGUGAUUCUCAAGCAUUUGACCUAGUGCACCAUUCGGCUUAUGCGACAGAUAAAAACAUAUUUAAUUCUUUGCAUGUGUACAGAGAAAGUAUUUUUAAUACAACUGACAAUACACGAAAGAGACAAAAAUUAGAAGACCACUCUAGUUUUGACUUUCAUCAUUUCUGCAUGUAUUGUAACCAUUACAGUCCACUCAGGGGCACCCCU